AUGAGAGAUGGAAUCACUUCUAAACACUUGCGUUCGUUCGUUCUUUCUUUCUUUCUUUCUUUCUUUCUUUCUUUCUUUCCCCGUAACUGGAUCAAUAAAACUACUAAAACCCUAUUGGUGCAGACGAAGACCCACGAAUUACUUCCCUUAGAUCAGGCGAAAUUGUUUAGGCAGAAUUUUUCCGACUCUCUCUCUCUCUCACUUCCGGCCCCAAACGAAAGUGCCUUGUUUCUGAGCGUUUUCCAGCUUUUUUAUGGGCUGACCAUCACCUUGGCCAUGAUGAACAUUCACGUCAACCUCACCGUGAUCGCUCAAAUCAUCGCUAAUAUUUCCGUCAGUUUCACUUUCACGAUCAUUACCAUCCUUCCGCACGUACACGGGAUCAUCAGAAUCAUAAUUUUCGCUAAAUCGAUCCGAUUCAGAGACAUCGUCAGCAAAUAUUUCUGCCAAAACAUCUUCCGCAGACAGCCGCGCUGCUCGUUUCAUGGACGCCGCCAUCUUGGAAUGACCCAAGCCUUUCUUUACAAAUCUCCAAUAUUACAAGCUAUACAAAAUGGUGGCUUCUUUUUCUUUCUUUUUUACGUACCAUUUCCUGUGCGAUCAUGUCUCUCGCAGACUUCCUAUUCCUUUCUUCUUUAA